CGGGCUCGGCCGUUACGGCAAGGUUGGAAGUCGAUAUAAAACUGUACGGGAUAACUAAGGCAUUAGUUCAUAGUGUUAUAGUCUCGAAGAAGCGAAAAUGGCUUCCAAGUUCGCAGGAAUUCUUCUUCUACUUGCCACAGCGGUCAACGCUGGAAUAAUUCCAACAGUCGAAGUUCUUCAGGGUCCAGGCAGUAAGACAACACUUUUGGGACCAGAUGGUAGCACCCUCUCUGCGGCAGCACCAGGAGGGACAGUUGUGACCAACGAUGGUGGAAUUGGUCUUGUGGCCGCUGCUCCUGCAAUACUUCCUUCAGGUCCCGAAAUAGUUGUUGCUGGACCAGCGGGUUCCAUCGCUACAAUUAACACACUUGCGGGACCUGCAAUUGUCCCCGCUGCCCUAGCCGCUGCCCCAGCUGCCGUUGUCGCUUCUCCUGCUGCAGUUGCAGCUGUCAGUCCCGCUGCUUUGUUGGGAGAUAUCGAGAGUACAGAUGGUGCCUAUGUUCCGGACAAUACGGAGCAGCUGUAUGACGACGGUUCUUACAAAGAAGAGAAGUAACAUGGUACUGUCGAUUUAUCAUUGGACACGCUUAUUGUAGACUUAGGAAACUGUGUAUGUUAUAGUCAUAAUUUCUGUACUAUUCUGUACUAUGAAACUAAAUAAGUAAUAGUUUUAAUUUAAAGUAAUAAAGGAAAUACUGAUUAAA